AUGAUCCUGCGAGUGUGUGUGUACGGAAGAUUUCGGAAUACCUGCUUUUCGUUUGCGAAAAGGAAGGUUUGUCCCUUCCCUCUGUGUAUUUAUUAGUCUAAGGCAUUCUCUAUCUAUACUAAGUGACAUAUAAAUCCGAACACCCAGUUUAAAUGGUUUUAUUUU